UGCUACCCAUACUUCAUCAGUUGAUCAUAUUCACCUCAAAAUGAUAACAUGCAUUAAUAAAAUCGAAUAAGCACCCACAAGCUUUUCAUUUUCUUACUGUUAAACCAUUUUGAGAAAUGAAAACUCUACAUGAACAACAUGGUGAGAUUAUAUAAUUAUAAAUUACAUUUUUACAAGCACUCCACAAUCUUGAUCUUGUUUAUUGAGAUACUCCAAAAGGAUUAUACAAACAAGUGGCAAAGUUGGGUCUAGAAGAAAGAGCAAAAGCAAAGAUAAAAUAUACAUACUCACACCAUUACAUGUGUCCUCUUCGUAGGUGUUGUGCUGAUCGAGAUCAAAUGUUUAGGAGGUCGAUACUCGAUUGAUUGCAUAGUGUUUAAGGUUUAAUUAUCCAACCAAUCACACAAAGAGGAUGCCACGUCCCAACCCUUGAAAGUGGAUGCCCAUUGUUGGAUAUAUAAAGCCAAAUUUCACUACUUUACUUUUUUCCUUUUGGCAAUUAAAUAGAGUUGAUAUUCUUAAUUAUAGGUCUUAGUUAAUGAUAUUGCCCUCUAAAGAAGUUUUCAAACAAAUAAUUUUACAAAACCAAGAAAACUAUGUAGUUGUACAUGUUCUUACAGAAAUGUGGUGACUUUUUUUAUUAUCUUUUUCUAUUUUCUCAAUCAAAGAACUGGAUUUUUAUUUAUUUAUGAUUCAUGUAAAAUAAAGCUUCCACAAACUGGACUUAAAAAGAGUCAUGAAAAGAAAAACCCGAAGGCAAAGGGAAAUGACAUUGAUAGAGGUAUAACUCUAGGUUCACAGCUUGUAUGACUUAGAGUAGUCUGGUUUCAAUAAUUCGAGUUGUUAGAAGAGGUUCACCUAUAAUGUAUUAAUGUUAAUCACUUCUUUACACUUACGAUGUUAAUGAAAUACAAUUACUAUUAGCUAUGAAUAUGUUAUAAAAGCAAAAAAAAAAUAUUAUUAUUUUUCUAUUGGCUACUUCCAAAACUUGUUAGGUCUUUACUGUAAGCAUCAUGUCCAAUUUAUCCUCAACAUUCUUUUUCCACGUAAUCAAACUCCCAAAUGCUUUUUACUAAGUACUAACUGUAUCUGAAUAUCAGAAUUGUCGUUUUGAUUUACACCAAUAAAAUGGGUUCUCAAUACAAUGAGCCAAUUACCCACAGAAACAACUAACUAAACAAGCAGUCUACCAACACCUGCUAACUUUUGCGCCUAAUUAAUUAUAUAAUUAGUACAAGGUGGGAGCAUAUAUCAAGAAAAAAGUUUGAAUGCUAUAUGUGUUGGGUGUCCACUAACUAGUGGUGGAGGGCGGGAUUUACCCUUUUAAUGUAUAAAGUAUUAAUAAAUAAAAUUUACAUUAAGGAAGGAAUAAGUUACAAAAUUUUGAUUUGUAUUCGAUUAUAUCAUUGUAUCACGACAUGGUGAUACGAUGACAUGAUUUAGUAGAAACAACACAUAAUCAUCAUAGACACGUACCAUUAAUACGAACCAAUCAAACAAUUUAAUAAGGGUAAAUGCCACAUUUGGUCACUGAGAUUAUUAAAUCGUGUCAUGUUUAGUCACUAGAAAAAAUUAAUAUCAAUUUUGGUCACUCUAAUUGAUGAAACAAGUCACAUUCAGUCACUCUCACGUUAGCCUCCGUCCAACUCCGGUCACUCAAAUUGCUGAAACCUGUCACAUUUAGUCACUCGAAUUCUGAAACAGGUCACAUUUAGUCACUCUCCAAUCAGUUUUCGUCCAAUUCCAUUAAUGGAGUUGGGCGAAAACUAAUGAGAGAGUGACUAAAAGUGACAUGUUUCAGUAAUUCGAGUGACCAAAAUUGAUAUUAAAUUUUUCUGAUGACUAAAUAUGCCACUAUUUAAUAAUCUUAGUGACCAAAUAUGGCAUUUACCCAAUUUAAUAAUAUGGAAAUCCAAGUUUCACUGUCAUGAUCGUGUAGGUUUAGCAUUUUGUGUGGUGAUGGGGUGUCUAAGUAUAAUUUAAUUAAGGGCUGAUCACCUCACAAAGCUUGGUAAUUAGAUACAAGACAAAAAGCCUAAUCAGCUCUUAGCCAACAAAUGUCAAGAGAAGAACAACUAAAUGUUAAAGAAGUAGGAAAUUAGUUUAUUAAGUUGAGAUGAAACAUGAUACUGUAUUUUUAAACCAAACCCACUAAACUUCUCUUACCUGGUUAACACUUUAAAUUUAAUUAAAAAGGUUUCCAUUCAUCCAGAAAGUGUAGAUAAAAAGGUUUACAGCAAAAACCCUAAUGGAUGGUUAAAAGAGAGCACUAAUAGUUCAAUAGUGUUUACCUUUUCAUCAAGAAGGGUUGCACCAAUAGAUGUUAUGUAACAAUAUACAAUAGUUGUCUUCUAAGUUCAUAUUUUUCUCGUGACGAUUUUAUAUUGAAGCAACAAUGAUAGGUUUUGUGGUGAAUUUUGAUUCACUUUUAUCCUUUAGUUUCAAUCCUUCCAUGAUAGAUUGAGACUUGUAUGAUGAAAGCUAAGAUAAGAUAACUUGAGUUUUUUUUUUUCUGACUGUGGAUUGGAGGAGAAGAAUGUAUAAAAUAACAAGAGGAGAUCAGUAAAAUGUGCAGAAGGAACACACAUGAUUCAACAUCCAAUUAUGUAUAGAGACUAUGGCUUAAUUAGGAUUUUGGAGAGACAAAAACUUUCAUAAACAACCUCAUGCCUUUGCUUGGGCCAAACGAUGAUACAAAGAUAUGAACCCUAUUCUACAUGAAAGCUUUGUGUACCUUGACCUUUUGAAAGUCGAUACAACAAACUUAGGAUUGAAAAUAUGUUAAAAUUAUUUUCGUGGACCGAUCAAGAGACAUUUUUCAAUACUUUAUUAUUCACAUGUUUAACAAAGUUAAUUUUUUUUAGAUUUGGAAGAACCUAGCAUUUCUUCAAAGAAAUUAAGGGAAUCACCAAUCAUUUCAUCCAAAAUUGAAGGCAAAAUAAUUCAUUUAGAUGACAUGGCUGACAAAAUUAGGGAAUAAGAUUUCAAUCCAACCCAUGAUCAGCAUAUAACUCAAUGCAAUUACCCCAAACCAUAUUCAGGCCCAAUGUUUCUUUGGGUCACCCAUGAACCUUACGGAUCCUGAAAUUUUCCUAACGGCCCAUUCAAUAACCCAGGCCCACACCCAAAAUUCUUCAGAAUUAGAAUAAGAAAGGGAAAAGAAAAAACAAAACAAGAAAAAUAGAAAAACUACCUAAUCCAGAACUUCACCCAGAAUUUCAUCGAGCUAUCCAUUAUUCCAUCAAUGGCAGCUCCGCUCGCUCUCUCCAACUUCCUCUCCUUCCUCUCGCCUCCAUCCUCCAUCUCGCCGCCGCCUCACGUCUCCUUCUUCCCUUCCACCUACUCCUCUCCGUCUUCGCUUGUCGCGGCGCCGCGUCGGUUCCCCGGUGGCGAGUUUUCUUCGGCGGCGUCCCCGAGCACUGUUUGCCUCAACUCGUCGUACAAUGUCCAGAUAGUGGUGGAAGAGAACGAGCCGGAGGAGAGGCUCCUGAACAGGUUCAGGAGAGAAGUGAUGAGAGCCGGAGUGAUUCAGGAGUGCAGACGGCGGAGGUACUUCGAGAACAAGCAGGACGAGAAGAAGCGGAGGGUUCGCGACGCCGCUAAGCGGAAUCGCAAGAGGCGUCCAUUUUCGAGAUUUUCGAACCAGAGCACCGCGCCACCAGGGUCCGAGAACAAGAAAAACGACGAUGACGGAGACAACUGGGAAGUCCCUGCUGGGCCGAUUCCUUACUGAGUGAUUUCUCUCUUUCGUUCACAGAUUCCUCUUCUUUUGUGAUUUGUAGAAUCUUCCUCCCCUUUGCAAUGUAAGAGGCUCCCUUAUUCAAACACAACAAAAGAAAUGCAAGAGGCUCCUUCUGUUUUCAGCUUUCCUUUUCUUACCUCCCAGCCAUUGAAGUUGCCCAAGCAAAGUGGGUUUUAUGGUCUGCUUCCUUUGGCUGACUCUCUCUGUUUAUGUCCCUGUGAAUCCCCAUUUUGGAUGAUACCUUGUGUCUUUCUUGUAUUGUAUGACUAUGUAAUGUUGCAUGAAUUAAACAGGUCUAUUCCACCCAGCUGGAGGGAUGUAUUAUAGUUCUUUGGUAUUCCUGUAUUGUUGGGUGAGUUAUGGACUUAUUAGGUUGAUUGCUCCACGAUAUGUGAAACAUGAGUAUGCAAAUGUAACGACAUAAAAUCUCACCAAUGAAUAGUUGUUGAUUACCAAUUUAUGUGCCAUUUUAGAUUAUCUACUCACCACACAAGUACUAAACUCUCCAAAGUAAAACAUAUUAUUUCAG